GAAGAGACAAUGCUAGUGUGAAAAACAAGCAUCAGGGUCUGCCUACCAUCAACGAUGUCUAGAUCCUGAUACAUUUGCAUCACCUUGUAUAAACAAGAUGGCCGGAGAGAGAUUGGCUCCAUCUCCAAGCCUAUGAGGAGUAAGGCCCCUUCUGGCCCAAAGAUGGGAAACAUCACUACAGAAAACUCCUCACUCUCAUGCCCCAUCGACCACACCAUCCACCAGACACUGGCCCCAGUGGUCUAUGUGACCGUGCUGGUGGUGGGCUUCCCGGCCAACUGCCUGUCCCUCUACUUCGGCUACUUGCAGAUCAAGGCCCGGAAUGAGCUGGGAGUGUACCUGUGUAACCUGACCAUUGCGGACCUGUUCUAUAUCUGUUCACUCCCCUUCUGGCUGCAGUACGUACUCCAGCAUGACAACUGGUCCCAUGGUGACCUAUCCUGCCAGGUGUGUGGCAUCCUCCUCUAUGAGAACAUUUACAUCAGCGUGGGCUUCCUCUGUUGCAUCUCCAUCGACCGCUACCUGGCUGUGGCCCACCCCUUCCGCUUCCACCAGUUCCGCACCCUGAAGGCAGCCGUGGGUGUCAGCGUGCUCAUCUGGGCCAAAGAGCUGUUGACCAGCAUCUACUUCCUCAAGCACAAGGAGGUCAUUGAGGACGAGGACAAGCACCGAGUCUGCUUUGAGCAUUACCCUAUCCAGGCCUGGCAGCGUGGCAUCAACUACUACCGCUUCCUGGUGGGCUUUCUCUUCCCCAUCUGCCUGCUGCUGGCCUCCUACCAGGGCAUCCUGCGCGCUGUGCGCCGCAGCCACGGCACACAGAAGAGCCGCAAGGACCAGAUCCAGCGGCUGGUGCUCAGCACUGUGGUCAUCUUCCUGGCUUGCUUCCUGCCCUACCACGUGCUGCUGCUGGUGCGCAGCCUCUGGGAGAGCAGCUGUGAGUUUGCCAAAAGCAUCUUCAACGUCUAUCAUUUCUCCCUCCUCCUCACCAGCUUCAACUGUGUAGCUGAUCCGGUGCUGUACUGCUUUGUCAGCGAGACCACUCACAGGGACCUAGCCCGCCUCCGAGGAGCCUGCCUAGCCUUCCUUACCUGCUCUAGGACAAGCAGGGCCAGGGAGGCCUACCCUCUGGGUGCCCCUGAGGCCUCUGGGAAAAGUGGGGCCCAGGGCGAGGAACCUGAAUUGUUAACCAAGCUCCACUCAGCCUUCCAGACCCCUAACUCACUGGGAGUGGGAGGGCCCUCCACAGUUGGGUUGGCCUAGCU